AGUUCCCUGUCGCUCAAUGCCAGAUCCCGGCGCCGGGGUAGGAGGGGAGUCGGAGAGACCGUGAGCGAGAGACAUACACGCGCGCGCGCGCCCCGCAGGACAGCGCCCGAGACUCGCUCGGGGUUUUUUUUUGUUGCGUCGGGGAGGCCGGGCCAAGCGGAGAGAACGCGGACCUUCCGCCGCAGCCUCCUCCGUGAACCGAAUCUGUCUAUCGGCUGGCCUCCGCCGCUGUUGGUUGGAGGUGUGUGUGAAAAUGUGCGUGUGUAAAUGUGUGUGUGAGGGGGUGGUGUGGUGGCCGGGAGGGGACAAGUCUCUGGCGCACCCCGGCUCGAGGCAACCGUCUGGCGCGAGCCACUACCGCCGCCGCAGGACAUUGUUCUUGCCGGCGCCGUGGGCGCGCGAGGGGAACCGGGGCCGUGCGCCGAGCAUUUGACAUUGCGCAGCAAAGAAAUGGUGAUGGAGAAGCCAAGUCCCCUGCUCGUCGGGCGGGAAUUUGUGAGACAGUACUAUACUCUGUUGAAUAAGGCCCCAGAAUACUUGCACAGGUUUUAUGGUAGGAAUUCUUCCUAUGUUCAUGGUGGAGUGGAUGCUAGUGGAAAGCCCCAGGAAGCAGUAUAUGGCCAAAAUGACAUUCACCAUAAAGUAUUGUCUCUGAAGUUCAGCGAGUGUCACACUAAAAUUCGUCAUGUGGAUGCUCAUGCCACCUUGAGUGAUGGAGUAGUUGUGCAGGUCAUGGGUUUGCUGUCCAAUAGUGGACAACCAGACAGGAAAUUUAUGCAAACCUUUGUCCUGGCUCCUGAAGGAUCUGUUCCAAAUAAGUUUUAUGUUCAUAAUGACAUGUUCCGUUAUGAGGAUGAAGUGUUUUGUGAUUCUGAACCUGAACUUGAUGAAGAAUCAGAAGAAGAAGUAGAAGAGGAACAGGAAGAACGGCAGCCCUCCCCUGAACCUGUGCAAGAAAGUGCCAACAGUGCUUACUAUGAAACUCACCCUGUGACUAAUGGAAUAGAGGAGCCUUUGGAAGAAUCUUCUCAUGAUCCUGAACCUGAGCCUGAAUCUGAGACAAAAACUGAGGAGUUGAAACCUCCAGUGGAGGAGAAGAACUUGGAAGAACUUGAGGAGAAGUCGGCUUCUCCACCUCCUGCUGAACCUGUUUCUCUGCCCCAGGAACCACCAAAGGCUUUCUCCUGGGCUUCAGUGACCAGUAAAAACCUGCCUCCUAGUGGUACUGUUUCUUCCUCUGGAAUUCCACCCCAUGUUAAAGCACCAGUCUCACAGCCAAGAAUUGAAACUAAAUCCGAGGCUCAGUCUCAGCCACCUCGUGUGCGUGAACAACGUCCAAGAGAACGACCUGGUUUCCCACCCAGGGGACCAAGGCCAGGCCGAGGAGAUAUGGAGCAGAAUGAGUCAGAUAACCGAAGAAUAAUUCGUUACCCAGACAGUCACCAACUUUUUGUGGGCAACUUGCCACAUGACAUUGAUGAGAAUGAACUAAAGGAAUUCUUCAUGAGUUUUGGAAAUGUAGUGGAACUUCGCAUUAAUACUAAAGGAGUUGGUGGAAAGCUACCAAAUUUUGGAUUUGUGGUUUUUGAUGACUCUGAACCAGUUCAGAGAAUCUUAGUGGCAAAACCAAUUAUGUUCCGUGGGGAAGUUCGCUUAAAUGUAGAAGAGAAAAAAACCAGAGCUGCAAGAGAGCGAGAAACUAGAGGUGGAGGUGAUGAUCGUAGGGACCUUCGGCGCAAUGAUCGGGGUCCCGGGGGUCCUCGUGGCAUCGUGGGAGGCGGAAUGAUGCGUGACCGCGACGGAAGAGGACCUCCUCCUAGAGGCGGCAUGGCACAAAAACUUGGCUCUGGAAGAGGAGCUGGGCAGAUGGAAGGCCGCUUCACAGGACAGCGUCGCUGAAACCCCACUGUUGGCAGACAGUCUUGGCAGUGGUACAUUAUUCGUCGUGUUUGCAUUCUUGUUAAUUUUUUUGGCUUUGGAAUGUGACACAGCCUUUUUGAUCAUUUCUUUGAUGUGAAAAGCAUCCUUUGGUUACCAGUUAAAUUGAGGUGGACAUUCUUUCCCCAAUUUCACAACAGGAUUCACAUUGUUAAUUUAUAAAUCUAGACUUGGAGAAUUAAGGACUGAGAGAUGACCAAUAUCUUAAAUGAUCUGCAACAAAAGUGAACCUAAAAGACAUGCCCAACUGAAUUCUGGUCCUUUUCAGUCAAAAAUCCUCUGCUGCACAUUUUGUUUAAGUGUUACUGUUUCUGCCUGUUACUGUUGGAAACAUCAAUAGUGCAAUUUGUGCAAUUUGAGAAUCUUGCCUUUUUUUUUUUAAGAACACUUGGCUAAAAAAACCCCACCACCACCAACAACAACAAACAAAAAAAACUCUUGUUAUGCACUUAUCAAAAUGCACUAAUGGGUACUCUGAACUCAAUUCCAUUGACAUCUGCAGGAGGAGGCAGCAGGAAAACAAAAAGUACUACUUCUUCUUCUCUAGAUUGAGAAUAGAUUCUGAAAUGAUGCAGGCAUUUGGUCUGCUGGCUAUGACCAACAUGUGCACAUGUAAACCUUACCAAGACUUAAAAAGUAUAUUCCAGAGGGAAAUCAUUUAGGCGUGAACUAAAUAAUAUGGUCCAGAACUCUAUUGCUCUGGUCUUGAAUAUUAGACCAGUGUCGUAGCUCAUCUAAGAAUUUUCUACCUGCCCCUCUUCAGUCCAGGGAUGGUUGGCUGCUCAACACACUCCUCCUUCCCUUUGUCCUUUAAGCUGUGUACAGUGAAAAUUGUCCUUACUGUAUUUUUAGUUCUCUGGUAAUGUAAUAAGCAUGAUGGUGCCUUCUCUUAAUACAUCAUUCCAGUCUCGCUGGUGAUUUUGUACAGUAGAGUGUAUGGUUUGCUGUGCUGCAAAGCCAAACAGCUGCAAAAUUGUUUAAAGAAAUCAUUGAAGUGUAUAAAAAUUGCAGUAUCUUUAAAUCAGUAAAAAUGACUAGCAUGUUCUUUCCCUUGCUUUCAGUUAACAGCUGUGAUGCUUUCUGUGGGAGGGAGGUGCGGUGGCUUAAGGGAGGGGUGGGAGAUGAGGGAGACAUCUAAAUAGUCCCCAGACCUGACUUUUCACUUAAAAAGCAUGAAUGUGAAUGAAUGUUGGUAUUUCCCAUUUGGAGGUGCUUUUGAAAAGUCAAUCAACUUAAUGUAUGUUUCUAAUAAUAAUUUUUAAGUGAUCAGAUCAACAUGUGGCAAGUGAAGAUUAAAUGAGGAUACUGCAAUUUUCAGAGCAGAGGGCAGCUAUAAUUGUUUGCAUCUUGUUUUGGGAGGGGAACUGUCCAUUUUGCACAAUUCUUGAACUAGUUAGUACCCAUAUGGCUCAGAAUUUAGGGCUGGGGCAACAUCCUUUUUAUUUUUACAUGGAUCUUAAGCAAUUCUGUGAGGAAGGUUUGCAACUACUGAAUUACUUGCUAUCCUGCCUUCCUAAAUUAAAUUGCAAAGUAGCAAAGGAUAUUCCCCAGUUGUGUGCGGUAGCAUUCUGUAAACACCAGUAUCUGAUGCUUCAGGUUAGACGUGAAGUGGAUAAGUAUGACUGACCACUUAAAGCUGCUUUUAAACAUGGAAGACCUCAUUACAUUAUAACGCUUUGGGUUUUUCUUUUUCCACUGUUAUGGGUAGCAACUUGUUUCAGAAUUAUGCAACUGUUUGCUCUCUAGUAAACUGGCAGGUGACACACAUCUUUUGUUUUUCCUGUUCUAAGUAAUGUGAGUGAAAUUAUAUUUGUCUAGUUUUUUUUCUUCCCAGAAUUGAGGUCUUCCAUGUUUGAUGGGAAGUCUUGCACUAUUUCAUAUGUUUUUUGGGGACACAUUUCCUGGUUUCCAUUUCUGGUUUAAGGAUUUUUUUUUCCUGCUUGAAACUGUUUUACAAUUUCAAAAGUUAAGUAUAGUACUUGAAGUCCUAACCAGAAAACGUGACUUUGGUCUUGAGUUUUGAAACCUUUAUUCAAACUAUUUUAAAAUAAGUAGUUUAUUACCCAUGUUUUCUUUAAACUUUUUAGCCCAUAUCUCAUGUCCUCCCCAACCCCAUCCCUGUUGUACCCUAUGUUCUCCUUCCCUUUGUUACUUUGGUUAUUCCUAAUGCUUGAUCAUCACCUUGCCACCAUAUAAACUCUUUCUGGCACCAGGAGUAAUUACAAAUAGAAGUGUAGAAACCUAGAACAGCCAAGAGCCAUUCCGCUUCAGUAUUGCUUCUUUGAAAACCAUGGUUAAAUCAUUAAUUAAAAUAUCAAACAGAAGUUUACAUGGUGAUUGCUCACCUACUGUACUGUGGACUUUAACAUUCUUGUCCCCCCUUUUUUUCAGCAAAAGCAAAGACUCACCUACCAUUUCUGUUAAAUGCUGAUUUGUUGAUGGUAGUUUUCAAUCAUUCUGACCCCAUUUCAACAAAACUGGCUUUACCAUUUGGGCUUGAGUUAGGUAUAGAAGACAGUGGAUUACCAUCUUUAUUGCUGUAAUGUGUUAAGCAUUAUAUGCUAGUAGAAGCUAGUUAAUUGUUUCCGGUGGAAAGUAUUCUUUGAGUUUCCAUUUUGAAUGUGUUUUGACUAAACAUACAAUAAACUACUGAUGUCUGCAGCA